UGCGUUUGCGGGACUUGCUGGAUGUUUCCUCAUGUAUCAUCGUUAUCAACCCAUGGACUGACUUGUUUGUUGUCGAGCAAGAUGGAGUUCCUUUUGGGAAAUCCUUACAGCACCCCUGUGGGACAUUGCAUUGAGAGAGCCACUGAUGGUUCCCUACAAAGUGAAGACUGGACUCUCAACAUGGAAAUAUGUGACAUCAUCAAUGAAACAGAGGAUGGGCCAAAGGAUGCCAUUAGAGCAAUGAAGAAAAGACUAAAUGGGAAUAGGAACUAUAGGGAAGUGAUGCUGGCUUUAACAGUCCUGGAGACGUGUGUGAAGAACUGCGGCCAUCGUUUCCAUGCUUUAGUGACUAGCAGGGACUUCGUUGAUGGCGUGCUUGUUAAAAUUAUCUCUCCCAAGAACAACCCACCUACCAUUGUUCAAGAUAAAGUACUCGCCCUGAUUCAGGCAUGGGCUGACGCAUUCAGAAGCAGUCCUGACCUUACGGGUGUGGUUCAAAUUUAUGAGGAGCUAAAGAGAAAAGGCAUCGAGUUCCCAACAUCGGACCUGGAGACCCUGUCACCUAUACACACACCUCAGCGUUCAGCCACUGCUCCAGAAGGCGACUCCACCCUACACAAGUACAGCAGCACUACUCAGCCCGCACAACACUCUGUCCCACCAGCCUACACCACCUCUCAAGUCCCGAACAUUCAUGCCUCUGGAUCCAUUAAUCCUACACCCGAACAGAUUUGCCGGCUACGCAGUGAGUUGGACGUUGUUCGUGGAAACACUAAGGUGAUGUCAGAGAUGUUGACCGAAAUGGUUCCAGGACAGGAGGAUGCUUCAGACUAUGAGUUACUACAGGAGCUGAACAGGACUUGUAGAGCUAUGCAGCAGAGAAUAGUGGAGCUCAUCUCCUGUGUUUCUAAUGAGGCUGUAACAGAGGAGCUGCUGCAUGUCAAUGAUGACCUCAACAACAUUUUCCUCCGCUAUGAAAGGUAUGAGAGGUUCAGGUCUGGAAGGUCCUCAGCUCAGAGUGUCAACAAUGGGCUGAAACAGGUCCUCAGUGAGGCUACCGAGGACAACCUGAUAGAUCUCGGCCCAGGCUCCCCUGCUGUGGUCAGUAAUAUGCCGAACGCAGCCCCAACCAGCUUGCCUCCGACUAUUACAGCCUCUGCAGGAAGGCCCUCCUCCCCAGCUACCCUGGCCUCUCGCUUGGCUGGUCUCGACAUGGGUGCAGACAGUGUGAGCAGUACCUUGAGCUCCCUGUCCAGCUGUAAGCCUCCAACUGGCCAGGACGACUUUGAUGUGUUUGCUCAAACCAGAACUGGAACCAUGUCUGAGCCGCAGAACACUACUGCAUCAGAAAACACCCACGCCGCUGGAGGCCUUCCUCCCACUCUGGAUGUUCUACAGCCAGCUGCAGGAGGGGGUGCCGGAGGCCAGUCCUCUGUCAUGGAUGACAUAGAGGAGUGGCUAUGUACUGAUGUGAAAGGAGAUGAAGGUGAGGAAGGAGUCACAAGUGAAGAGUUUGACAAGUUCCUUGAGGAGAGAGCCAAAGCUGCUGAGAGGGCCCCCAGCCUACCGUCGCCCCCAAGUGGUAACCCAGGUGCAGUGCAGGGAACCCCUAGCCGCAAAAAGCCAGAGAGAUCGGAGGACACUUUGUUUGCUGCGUAGACCUCCCAGCUUUGAUCUCUGAUCCCCAGCCUUAGAUCCGACCAGCUGAGCAGCAUCACCUUAGGAGAGACCGAGCUGACACUGAAACACAUCCACCUCUGUUAUGAUUGAUUGCAACACUACUCAGUCACACUACAGGAAAUUGCACAUAAAAUCAGUAACAAUUACAUUAAGGCUCUCCGUUAAUUUAAGGGAAAAGAAAAUGUCCUAUUUUGUUAUGCCAAAAGAUGAUGGAUCCCACUUUAUGACCAGUGUUAGAGAUGGCGAGGCAGCGGGCUUUCCCCUCCUUCUUUUGGUAUAAAUAAUCUCCUUCAGCCUGUUGUGGACUGCAGAGCUUCAUGUUGCAGCUAAUCCUGAAGAGUUUUGUAAAACAAACAAACAAAAUAAAAAAGAGUCCUUGUCACAGGUAGGGAGUCCGAUUCCUAUCCAGUCCCUCAAAUUGAGACAAAUUUUUACUGUUAAAGAAACCCCUGCAGAAACAUUAUGGAUGUUAUUGCAGAGUAUUUCCCUUAUAUGCAGAAGCACUGAUCAUACCUACGAGGCUCUAGUUUUGGUGUUUGUAUCAGUCCCUUUGCAAGUCUGUCUUAAGUUGAAUUGUAUAUCUGUAAAUGACAAAUGUCAGGUUUAUUAGUUGUGUGUAUAUUUAAGCUUACAUAUUUAUGUAAGAGAUGGUAAUUUAAUGUAGAUUUUUGAAAAGGAUAUAUGUUCCCCUUGCUUUGACAGUAGGGAUGUACCUCACUGGGCUGAGAUUUUGCAAGAAAAGGGAAAAAAAUAUAUACAUGUGGUUAUUUACAAAAGCUAAAAGAGAUGAGGGUUAAGAAGGGAUUUCGGUUUUUGUGAUUGUCGUUGCGCACCGUACCAACAUACGUGUAGUCUUACCUGCCUUCUCAUUCCCGGUGACAAACGUACGUGCAGUUAUUUGAUGAUUUGCUGGUCACAACAGAUUUAUUGAGAUUAUUUUGUUGACAUUUAUUAGCCUGAAGCUGCUAUAGUUUGGUAAACUAUGUGGUUUAAUUUUCAUUUAUGCUGAACAUGGUGUGUUGGAGUUGGAAGGGAAUGGGUUUUUGAACGAGUGCUGUCCGUGGUGCAUGCGUUCAGGAGUUUUUACUCACUGAUCGUAGGUUUUAACUCCGUUUUGGGGAAGACUGUGCUGUAUGUCUGUUUUUAACUUCGAGCUCAGAGGGCCAAGCUUGCGAUUUCAUUUGGGUAUUGAAGGAAAAAUUCCAUAUAACUGGCUUCUUGCGUUUCAUUGACUUAAAAUCUACAGCUUUUUCUUUUUAAUUGCAGGGAUGUCAUUAAAAACAGAAGCAGUUUGCACAUUAUUUUUGUGCAUUUCUCCUUUAUUUCUUCACGCUGACAUCUUUAAAGGCCUGACCUUUCAACAUGAUUUGUUUUCAGAAAUGAGCUCGCUGCAGACAUAGUGCUGCAAAUGAGACAUUUUGCUCUUGACAAUAAUAAAUGCAACAUUUUACACAAUUGUAACAAGUGUGCACUUUGACGGCCGCGUUACCUUUCAACAUGUACUGUAAAUCAGCUAAAUCUUUAACUAAUGUAAUUAAUGACGCAGAUAAAUAAUUUAUUCAGCACUUUUUUUUUUUUGUUUGUUUCUUCAAAUCAGUAUUUUAAAUAACUUUAUUGUGGAAAAAUCCAAAUGGGAAAUAAGCUGUGUUUAAUGGAUGGGGUGAGAAAUGGUUUAUGUUUUAGUGUCUUUUUGGCUUCUGUUUAUGUAGUUAAGAUUUUUCUUUUUAUACACUGCUGCUGGCUAAUGUAUUUAAUUUGUCGUGGUUGGGGUUAUUUGGUAUGUGGGUAUUUUUGUUGGUUGAAAGAGGCCGAUAGUAAACACGUGGAGGUGGAUUAUAUGGGCAGUUCAUCGCUGGUCUGUAGCUGUUAAAGAAUUACACUACUUCUCUCAUUUUAUCUCAUGAAGGACACAUAUUUGAAUAGACCUUUAUGGACUGACCAGCACAUGAAGAAAAAAAAAAAAA